GCGGUGGAGGAAAAUGGCGGCCGCGAAGGCGGCUGGGGCAGACGGCGGAGGAGGCAGCGGGAGCUGCUGAGUCGGGCCGGGGUUCGAGAGCCUAGUCGGGAGUGGCGGAGGCUCCGGGCGGCCGCGAAACACUCGCGCGAAAUGGGGAACAAGCUCCUACUUGAACUAUGUCUUAAGUUCUAUCAUGGGUUAUGGAAUUGUGCGCUGAUGAGCCAGGAAGUGGAGUGCUCAAGUGACUAAAGAAGAUGGGUGCUAAUGCUUCAAACUAUCCUCAUUCGUGUUCCCCAAGGGUAGGGGGAAAUUCUCAGGCACAACAGACAUUCAUAGGAACAUCAUCCUAUUCCCAUCAAGGUUAUGGCUGUGAAUCUAAACUUUAUAGCCUUGAGCAUGGCCACGAGAAACCUCAAGAUAAGAAAAAGAAAAGUUCUGGCCUUGCUACCCUCAAAAAGAAGUUUAUUAAGCGCCGAAAGUCUAACAGGUCUGCUGAUCAUGCCAAGCAGAUGCGUGAGCUCCUCUCUGGCUGGGAUGUCAGGGAUGUCAAUGCUUUAGUGGAAGAGUAUGAAGGAACGUCAGCCUUAAAAGAGCUUUCUCUGCAAGCUAGUUUGGCAAGGCCCGAAGCCAGGACGCUGCAAAAAGACAUGGCUGAACUGUACGAGUUUAAAUACUGCACCGAUGUCGAUCUAAUAUUUCAAGAGACUUGCUUCCCUGUGCAUCGUGCAAUUUUGGCUGCAAGGUGCCCAUUUUUUAAGACCCUCCUUUCUUCCUCACCAGAGUAUGGGGCAGAGAUUAUAAUGGAUAUCAACACAGCUGGCAUUGACCUGCCCAUGUUUUCUGCUUUGCUACACUACCUAUACACAGGUGAAUUUGGGAUGGAAGAUUCGAGGUUUCAGAACGUUGACAUUCUCAUGCAGCUUAGUGAGGAAUUUGGAACACCAAAUUCUCUAGAUGUUGACAUGCGAGUCCUGUUGGAUUACAUGUGUUAUUAUGAUGUGGUUCUUAGUUUUUCAUCCGACUCUGAACUUGUUGAAGCUUAUGGCGGAAGUCAGAGCUGCUUAGAUGAGGAGCUCAGAGCACACAAAGCUAUUAUUUCAUCACGCUCACCUUUCUUCCGGCAUCUGCUACAGAGGAGGAUACGAACCGGCGAAGAAAUUACAGAUCGAACACUAAGGACUCCAACACGGAUUAUACUAGAUGAAUCUAUCAUACCAAAAAAAUAUGUGAGGGUAAUUUUAAACUGUAUGUAUACAGAUUUGGUGGACCUCUCUAUUUUGCACAGCAGUCCAUCAGUAGGGAGUCUAAGUGAGGUCCAGGCUCUUGUAGCAGGAAAAACAAGCAUGACAAAGGCUGAAGAAGCUAUGGAACUGUACCACAUAGCACUUUUUCUGGAGUUCAGUAUGCUUGCACAAGGCUGCGAGGAUAUUAUUGCCGAGAGCAUCUCACUGGAAACCUUAACUGCCGUUCUCAAGUGGAGCUCCCAGCCUUAUGGCUCCAAGUGGGUACAUCGCCAAGCCCUGCAUUUCCUCUGUGAGGAGUUUUCCCAAGUCAUGACUUCAGAUGUCUUUUAUGAACUUUGCAAAGACCACUUGCAAACUGCUAUCCAGUCAGACUACUUACAGGCGAGUGAGCAAGACAUCUUAAAAUACCUUGUGAAAUGGGGUGAACAUCAAUUAAUAAAAAGAAUUGCAGAUCGAGAACCCAAUUUACUGAGUGGUACAGCUCACAGUGUGAACAAGCGUGGUGUAAAGAGGCGAGAUCUUGAUAUUGAGGAAUUAAAAGAAAUCCUUUCCCCUCUCUUACCUUUCGUCCGCAUUGAGCACAUCCUGCCUAUGAAUAGUGAAGUACUGACAGAUUCGAUGAAGAGAGGUCUCAUUAGUACACCUCCUUCAGACAUGCUGCCAACAGCAGAAGGUGGAAAGUCAAAUGUGUGGCUGCGACAAAAAAACGCCGGAAUUUAUGUGAGGCCGAGGCUGUUCUCACCAUAUGUGGAGGAGGCUAAGUCACUUCUGGAUGAGAUGAUGGUGGAGCAGACGGACCUGGUCCGUUUACGGAUGGUUAGAAUGUCCAAUGUACCAGAUACUCUCUACAUGGUAAACAAUGCUGUUCCACAGUGCUGUCAUAUGAUAAAUCACCAGCAAAUGACCAGUAAUCAGUCCAGUCCUCCUUCAGUUGUAGCCAAUGAAAUUCCAGUUCCUCGUCUCUCUGUUGUUAAAGAAAUGGUCAGACGGCUGCAGGAGCUCCGCCAUACUGAGCAAGUUCAGCGAGCUUAUGCUCUGAACUGUGGAGAAGGAGCCACAGUCAGUUAUGAGAUUCAGAUCCGUGUAUUGAGGGAGUUUGGACUUUCUGAUUCUGCUGCUGAGUUGCUGCAGAAUCCUCACAAGUUCUUCCCCGACGAGCACUUUGGAGACGAAAGCCCACUUCUGACCCUGAGACAGUCAGGCCGAUGUCGUGUGAACAGCACGCCCACUGCAGAAACAGUGUUUACAGACCUAGAUGCUUUUGUGGCCUUCCACCCACCACUCCCUCCUCCUCCCCCUCCUUACCAUCCACCAGCAACUCCAGUUCACAAUCAGUUCAAAGUUGGAUGGAAGCAAAGAGCCCAGAGCCAGCACCCCUCCCGUUCCUUUUCUUACCCUUGUAACCAUUCGCUCUUCCAUGCCAGAACAGCCCCCAAAGCUGCCCUACCCAAUUAUUUCUCCAGUGUGAAAGGCACACCUCCAGAUUGCACUAACACCGCAGGAUUGGGAAGACAGACGGUUGCAGCUGCAGCAGCUGUGGUGGCUGCUGAAAAGCAAGUGGGUAUUCAACCUGUUCUCAAUGAGCUGAUGCCGGAUAUUGCAAUGGGUGUGUCAACUAUCUCUCUGAAGGACAGGAGGCUGCCAGAGCUUACAGUGGACACAGAGCCUGUUCUGGAAGUUACACCAGGACCACCUCAGCACAUUUCAUGCAUUCAGACAAGGCACAUACAUAGUUCACGGAAGAAACAUUCAGCUGAGCAAAAACUGGAUCCUAGAGAGAAUCAGCAGGAAUAUCCUGAUUUCUAUGAUUUCUCGAAUGCUGCAUGCAGGCCUUCUACUCCUUCCCUUACCAGGCACACCCCUUCACCGUCCCAAGGUAUCUAUUUUGGCCCAGAUUUAUAUAGCCACAAUAAAGCAUCGCCCAGCGGCUUAAAAACCACUCAGUUACCCAAUCACAUCUCUCCUAAAAAACCAGAAGAUUCUAGGAGAGACUAUGCACUUUCUCAAGAAGGGCAUUCACACAGACAAAAGAAUGAAACGAUACACCUCAAUGUCUUAGAACAACCUCCCCAGAGGUUGGACUUGGCUUUGGCUGCCCAGGAGAACCCUGGGAAUAUAUCAAUUCAUGCAAGGGGACGAACAAAAAUGGAAACAGAUUUAACGUAUGGCCUAACCUCUGGUCGACCUUCCCUGCCUUCCUACAGGGAAGAAAUCCAUGAUGAACCAUCUAGCAGGAGAUUUGCCGACACUGAGCCGCUGGAGAGUGAAGCCCAGAGAAAUGUAGAUUUGGAAAGAGAAGAGGUUGUAAGUAGAGGAAGAAAGUCUCCCGACUUCUUAUACAAAAAAUCUGCCCUCUGAAAACACUCCACCUCCACUUCUUCUCUGUGCCUAAGACUUGUGAAAGAUCAGUCUUUGAAAUCUCUGGCCUGAAAUUUUCUCAGGCCAAUUUUUUUCCAAUGCCAGCCGCUAUAUCAUUUUUUAAUUAUUAUUUUUGUAUAUACAUGGCUUCAUUAAGAAAUGGCAUGCUCCCAGUUUAUUUGGAAUGCUGCUUCAGGGUUUUUGUUUUCAACAGAUUUUGCUAAAAUUCUCCAAAAUAUAUUUUAACUGGCACCUUUAAAAUAAAAGGAAAAAUAAAAGGUAGCCUUUUGCACCUGUACAUUAAUUUUAUUAAUUUUUAUAUUGGUAUGUUAAACUUCUACUGUCAUAUUUUAUAGGACUGUAUGUUCAUACUAUUUUGAGCGUCUUUUUUUUUUUAAAGAAAUCAUUUCCUGGUAUUCAGUGUGCAUUAGGCUGCAUACUUGCAUAUUUAAGAUGUAUUUUCUUACAAGGUGAAAAUAUCUGUCUUUAUUUUUUAAUGACAAUAGGAAUUCCAAAGAACAGCACAUUUACAAAACUGCUCUGGUUAGGUUUGCAACCUUUCUGCUUUACCACUAAUACAAGAAUCCAGUCUGUGUAUGCUCUGUUUACCAAGUCUCAGGCUGCUGAUGUAGCAAGCACUCAGUAAUGUCUGUGGCCAGGAUUUUCUUUGAAAGUGAGGAGUACAACAAGUCUGUUAUGAUUUCUGAAAACAUUAUUUUCCUUUUGGAACAUGAAAACUUUGAAGAAAUGCUUUCUAAGCCCUUUGGUUACAGUGCGACAAGUGCUUCAAAUUUGUGACAGUUCUGUAGACGUGCUUUUCUGAUUCUUCAUUUUAGAAAGACACAUAGAUGGUAAGCACAAGGUGAGAAAAAAAUGUUUAGCAUUUGACAUG